GCUUUGAGGUGGAGUAGGGAUUCGACUUUUGCCCCUCCAAGUCCCGCUAGGUGUGUGCCCUCACUCUUGCCAGCUUCUUCCCUGCAGGUUUCAGCCAUGUGGCUCUACCUGGCUGCCCUGCUGGGGCUUUACUUCCUUCGCCGAUGGUACAAGGAGAGACAGACGGUGGAGAACCUGACGGAGAAAUAUGUCCUCAUCACCGGCUGUUCCUCUGGCUUUGGGAACCACCUUGCCAGGCACCUGGAUGCCCGGGGUCUGUGGGUGUUGGCAACUUGUACCACACAGAAGGGGGCAGAGCAGCUGGAGAAGGUCACCUCAGAGCGCUUGAAAACCACCGUUCUGGAUGUCUCCAGUACAGAGAGCGUUGCGGCAGCGACGGAGUGGGUGAAAGAACAAGUGGGGAACAAAGGGCUCUGGGGCUUGGUGAACAAUGCGGGAAUAGGUGUCUCAUCAGCUCCCAGUGAAUGGCUGACCAAAGAUGGCUUUGCGAAGGUGAUCGAUGUCAAUCUUCUUGGGAUGAUUGACAUGACACUACACAUGCUGCCCCUGGUGAGAAGAGCCAGAGGGAGGGUGGUCAACAUGUCCAGUAUGGCGGGACGACUGGCAUGCUUUGCAGCACCCUAUGCCACCUCCAAGUAUGGCGUGGAAGCCUUUUCUGACAUCCUGAGGCGAGAGAUGCAUCCUUUCGGGGUCCGAGUCAGCAUUAUUGAACCUGGUAGUUUCAAAACACCCUUGCAGUCAAAGAUGGUUGAGGGCUACAAGAAUGCAUGGAGCCGGGCCUCUUCUGACAUCAAGGAAGCCUAUGGGCAGCACUACUAUGAGCGCUGUCUGAACGCAUUAAAAUGCUUCAUCUCCAGCGGCAGCAGCAACUUUCAACAGGUCACUGACUCUAUGGAACAUGCCCUGACGUCUUGCUCCCCUCGCAUCCGCUACUGUCCAGGAUGGGAUGCAAAACUCUUAUAUGUUCCUCUCUCUUACUUGCCAGACUCCGUUUUGGACUUCCUGAUGAGAUUCAUUUGGCCCAAACCAGCACAAGGCAUGUAGCAGAUUCUGAAGAAACAUGUCAGUUCUCUAAAUGAACCAAGGAAGUCGGUUGUUUCUCUUUUCUGAAGUUCUAAACCAGUGGUUCUGACACUUUUCUUCCCACGGACCACUUGAGAAUUGCUGACGGUCUUGCUACCCCUUGCAGCAACUGCUGUGUGCCAUGGUAGGGUGGUGGGUGAUUUUUAAUUAUAGUUUAUUUCUUCUUUUAUUUCUUUCUAUAUACAAUGUAUUUUAUUGCAUUACAACUUAUUGCUUCCUUUUUAACCUUCAUCUUACCCGAAAGGGUUCUUUAUGAAUCAUCCCUCUAGGGAAUAGAUAG